CACACCUGUGACUGCUGCCUCUGACUGCCGUGGGGGCAAGAAGCCCACAGGCCCGUCCCUCUGACUGUGCGGACCCUACCUGUGCACAUUUGGGCGAUGUUGGACUCAGUGACCCACAGUACCUUCCUACCCAACACGUCCUUCUGCGACCCCCUGAUGUCGUGGACGGAUCUGUUCAGCAAUGAAGACUAUUAUCCUGCCUUUGAGCAUCAGACAGCCUGCGACUCCUAUUGGACCUCUGUCCACCCCGAGUACUGGACCAAGCGCCACGUCUGGGAAUGGCUCCAGUUCUGCUGUGACCAGUACAAGCUGGAUGCCAACUGCAUCUCCUUCUGCCACUUCAACAUCAGCGGCCCGCAGCUGUGCAGCAUGACGCAGGAGGAGUUCAUCGAGGCAGCCGGCGUCUGCGGGGAGUACCUCUACCUCAUCCUCCAGAACAUCCGCUCGCAAGGUUACUCCUUCUUUAACGACACGGAAGAGACCAAGGCCGCCAUUAAAGACUAUGCUGAUUCCAACUGUUUGAAAACAAGUGGCAUCAAAAGUCAAGACUGCCACAGUCAUAGUCGAACGAGCCUCCAAAGUUCUCAUCUGUGGGAAUUUGUGCGAGACCUGCUUUUAUCUCCUGAAGAAAACUGUGGCAUCCUGGAAUGGGAAGAUAGGGGACAAGGUAUUUUUCGGGUGGUAAAAUCAGAAGCCCUGGCAAAGAUGUGGGGACAAAGGAAGAAAAAUGACAGAAUGACAUAUGAAAAGCUGAGCAGAGCUCUGAGGUACUACUACAAAACGGGAAUUCUGGAACGAGUCGACCGAAGGCUAGUGUACAAAUUUGGGAAAAAUGCCCACGGGUGGCAGGAAGACAAGCUAUGAUCGGCUCGAUUUUAUGGAUCUCUGUCUUCUAGAACAAUCUGAUCACAAUAGACACUGCAAAGUCUUUUUGUUGUUAUUGUUGUUAACCUGCAAAUGUGCUGAUAAAAUUUCUCCACGUCUCAGCUUACAUUUGGAUUCGGAGUUGUUGUCAUCUGUUUGGGGACAUUGACAGCAACUGCUAAGAAAUUCCUUAAUUACUUCUUUUUCUUACCCGAGGGGGAGGAGGGGAUGAUCUUUUGCAGUACCUUAAUCAAACAUGACUUCCCUAAUCAAGAGUUGCACACAGUAGCCCGUGCUAUUGGUGCUGCUCAGAGGAAAGAGUCCAGUUCUGCCAUUCGAGUUCUCUCCAGUGUUCCGGUUCGAAAGGCUCAGAAAUUUUCACAUUUUUAACUGUGGCAAGCUCACAAAGGAAAAGCAUUGGGAUAGUGGGAGGGGGCGAGGUGUGGGUAAGACAAACAUACUGUAGAUUUUAAAUCAUUCGCGUCAAAUGCCGUAGAAGUUGACCAUUAAAGGAGCGAAUGCAUCAAGCUGGGAACGUGACUGGAUUUAGCCUAGCUUUAAUAGUAAGUCUCUGAACCAGAGCAUCCCUUGGGCCACUCAGCAAAAUUCCCAUGGCCAUCUUUCUAGAGCAACACACUUAAAAUUAGGCACGUUAUUAACGACUGCUGAGUUUAUUCCCCCUCUUCUCCUCCUGGUGGGGGGCGGCCAGGUUAGUCAACGGAUACUUGCGCCCGUUCCCAAAUCACUGCUGUUUCUGAUUCAAGCUGUCAGCACCACAGAAUGUAACUUGUUGGUUCCAUCUGUGGCCAAGGCGUUAAACCUUUACAGAACUGGCAGUACCCUGACAACUCUGUAAAGGCCAAUUAAAUUUAGAAAACUCUUUUGUUUUGUCUUCCUGGUGUGCACUCAAGCUCUAAAACACAUUUCCUUGACAAAAGUAGCGAGAAUGAAUUUAUACCAGUAAAUGUUCACGGGUUCGAGUCUGCACUGACAUCUUCUCAUUACUUGCUGGUGGGGAAGCCAUGAGUGACCUACAAGGAGGUGGCCUGUCCCUAGGACCACUAUUCCACCAGAGCAGGGAUCCCCAUGUGACCAGGCACUGACCCACCAUACAGGCUGAGGACCUCCGGGCGUAGAGUUUAACUUCAAAGGCAACGUGUUUUUAAAAAUGUGAAUUACUGUAAAAUAAUCUAUUUUUGGAUUCGUGUGUUUUCCAGGUGGAUAUAGUUUGUAAACAAUGUGAAUAAAAUAUUUAACAUGUUAAAGUG